UACAUGACUGUAACGCCGUGGUUGACGCUGCUAUCGAGCAUGCUAAGACCCUUAACGUUUCAAAAGAUGGCAAGGACCUUUGGGUCUUUAACGUUGAUGAAACCACUCUCUCUAACGUUCCUUAUUAUGCUCGUCCUACGGUUGGCUUUGGGGCAACAAAUGCCAGCGUUGGUAAGAAGUUUGAGUCGUCGAUUAAUGAAGGAAAAUCACCAGCAGUGCCAAGCGUUCUUCGUCUGUAUCAAACAUUGGUAGACUUGGGUAUUAAACCAAUAUUUAUAACGGACACAAAAGAAGAAUUUAGACAAGGGAAGAAAUGA